AUGGACGAAAGCAAGAACAGCAUGGAUGAGAGCCAGGCCACCGAGUCCGACGGGAGCGAUGAGGAAGUCGAGGCCUCGGUGCAGGAAGACAUCGCACGCUUCGAGCAGUCGUUCAAGAACAUCUCACAGCGCUUUCGUCUGAUCAAUCGCAUCGGAGAAGGCACCUUCUCGACCGUCUACAAAGCCGAAGAUCUCCUCUACGACAAGUACAAGAACGACUGGAACGACAUGUCCCUCUCGCCACAAGCAAAGACUGCACGCGACCGCCCACGCGCUCGCUACGUCGCCAUCAAGAAAAUCUACGUCACCUCGUCGCCCAUGCGCAUCUUCAACGAGCUCGAGUUGCUGUACGACCUCCGCGACUCGCAGAACGUCUGUCCGCUCAUUACCGCCUUCCGCCACCAGGAUCAGGUCGUAGCCGUCCUGCCCUACUUCCAGCAUCGCGACUUCCGCGACUAUUUCCGCGAAAUGACUGUCAACGACAUGCGUGUCUACUUUAACCAACUCUUCACUGCCGUCCGCGCCGUCCACCAGCACCAGAUCAUCCACCGCGACAUCAAGCCCACAAACUUCCUCUACUCGCCCACUACUCAGAAGGGUGUGCUCGUUGACUUCGGUCUGGCCGAGCGAGAAGGCACCGACUGGCAUCACUGCAACUGCCAGUACUCACACUCGGACCGCCAAUAUCGCUACCAGAGCUCGCUCUACUCGUCCAUCCGAACACAAUAUCGAGACGCCGGUCAACUACCACCACCUCCUACCUACCCGAAAGAAGACUCGCGAAACUCUCGCAGAGCGAAUCGCGCCGGCACGAGAGGCUUUCGUGCCCCCGAAGUCUUGUUGAAAUGCACUUCUCAGACUUGUAUAAUCGACAUCUGGAGCUGCGGCAUCAUCCUUCUCACCCUUCUCAGUCGCCGUUUCCCCUUCUUCCACUCUGCCGACGACAUAGACGCCUUCAUAGAGCUGUGCAGCAUUUUCGGCAAGCGUCGCAUGAAUGAAGCGGCUUUACUGCACGGUCAAGUCCUGCAAACGAACAUCCCUACCAUCAGCGAGAACGGCCACAGCUGGGAAAAGAUUCUACUUUGGUGUACCGAGCGUCGUAAGACUGACCUUCCCCUGAGUGACGAGGAGAAAGAAGCCGUUCACUUCAUGUCUCUCUGCCUGGAGCUUGAUCCCUCCAAGCGCAUAACAGCCGAUGAAGCACUCGAGCAUCCAUUUUUGAGCCUCAAUGCUUCUGACGGCUCUCAAUAUGGCGGUACCGAGAACAUAGAUUAG